AAAAUAUUACAGAUUCAUUUCAAUUUCUAAUUUCGCUUCAACAUUCACAUUCACCUUCAGAAAAAUUGCUGGCAUAGACAAUUUAAUCCCAAGCUUGUUGCUCGUUUAAGAUUAUUCUAUUCAUAACUCGAGCUGCAAAAUGGAUACCCUGUGCCCAGAGCAAGUUUUGAAAUUUCUGGACUUGGUGAUAAACCUGAAGCACAGCAGCAGACGAGGCUGGGAGCUGUGCAACGUAAAAAACCACGAGCAAAUCGCCAGUCACAUGUACACAAUGGGUAUCAUGACGUUCUUGCUUGGAAACAACUCGAAGCUGGACCGAUUCAAAUGCUUGCAGCUGGCUUUGGUUCACGACUUGGCUGAAUGUAUUGUCGGAGACAUCACACCCCAUGAUUCCAUAACAGAAGAAAAGAAGCACGCAAUGGAAGACGAAGCUAUGAAGGAGAUAACUAGCUACGUGGGAUCCGAAGUCGGCCCUUUGAUAUACAAUCUGUACAAAGAAUACGAAGCCAAAGAGACCCCAGAGGCGAAGUUCGUUAAGGAUUUAGAUCGAUUCGACAUGCUGUUUACAGCGGAGCACUACGAACGAAGAGAUGGCACGCCGAAGAAAUUACAAGAGUUUUUCGACACCACCAAUGGAAAGUUCCAGGAUCCAUUCAUUAAAAAACUUGUAUUAUCUCUCGAACAAAGAAGAUUGUAGAAAUGUAAUUAAAGUACCUAUUUUUUAUAUGUGUUGACAAUUUGUGAUCUUUUUGUUUCUGGUCUUUAUUUAAAUAAACUUUUUGAUGAACUAAGCAUUUUUAU